CGCAUGCGCACUGUGCAUCGCAACACUGUGGGGCAGCGGAGGAAACGAGGGGUCGUUUAUGCGCAUUUUUGGGACGAAAAGAGGUAAAUCACCCCGAACAGACUCUCAGGAAUCAUGGGGAGUGUGUUCCUGCCGGCGGACGCGGCCCACUCAGUGCUGCGCCGGCAGCGCAGGGACAACUUCUUGUUGGAGGAGAUGAAGCAGGGAAACAUUCAGAGGGAGUGCCGCGAGGAGAUCUGCAACUAUGAGGAGGCCCGCGAGGCUUUCGAGAACGAUGAGAAAACGAGACGGUUCUGGGAAGAAUAUGUGCGGGAGAGCAGUCCGUCUGGAGAGCUGGAGACCGCGGUUGGAGGAGUCCACUCUCUCUACCUGAUCGUGCCGUUGCUGCUGGUUGUGCUCAUCAUCGCCGCCGUAGCCAUCACUGUGUGGCGCUGCCACUCCCGCAAGCGCUCGCAGCGCAGCCCCAGCAUGGGACACUCGCAUCACGACCACGUCUUGUCAGUGGUCUCCAUGGACCAUUGGGGGAGGGAUUACCCUCACGGUGACCAAUCAGAACUCAGCGUCCACAGCAGCCCAGCUUAUCCAGGCUCAGAGCUCACAUCUGGGAGAGGAAGCGCUGGAGACCCGCCACCAUCUUAUGAGGAGGCUGUGGGCCAGACGGACGUCCAAAUAGAGACGGAGCCACCUCCACAAUAUGAGGAUAUAGUCAACACCAGCUCUUCUGGUCAUGGAGGUCAUGGGAAGUAAACCUGUCUCUGACUGCCACCCCAACAAAAGCCCUAACCUACACUAAGACCAUGUGAUCAUUUAGCACUGUCACUAUUGUGGUAUCACCAGCCUUCCUUAUUCAACACAUACAGAAACACUUUCAACUGUCUGGUCAACGGACUAAUGCAUCUUUGGACCCAGCGCUGUUAAAAUUUGCACUAACUUUUUAUCAAUGAGGUGAAGUGAUAGCAGGAAGGAUAUUGCAAUACCAAAACCAACCAGCUCUAUUGAUCUUCCUCAAGUUGCAUCUAUGCUGUCACACUGCAGCAAAUGAUUUAACUUAGCAGGCCUAAAAAAUGUUGCAUGUGUCAGGAAGAAAAAAGGAUUCUGAUUGCCACAAUGGAAUAUUCCAAAAGUGUAUAUGGGGGUUGGAUCGAUGCUUUAUUGUUGCCUAUUGCCAAUGUUUGAGACAAAAGUAGCCAUAAGGAGAUAUUUGCAACUAUUCCAAAACUGAAAUAUUUUAAUGGACAUCUUUGUUGUCGAAAAAAUAAGAAUUGUGUAUAUUGCAAACUAUGCAAGAAUAUUGCUAUGCCAGAUUCAGAAACAGCAUUUAGACCACAAAACAGCAAACCCAGACCAAAAAAAUAGUUUCAAGCGAUUUAUGACCACCAAGGGUCACAAAGAGAAAAACGUGCUAAAAAUCAAGCUUAUGAUUUCUUAUGUCUAACCUAGAUAUGGGCAGAUGACACUGCAGCACAUUUCACUCCUGUGAAGAGCAAUUUCAAAACAUCGUAUCCAAGCUUGUGUCAAAUGAAGAAAAACACGUGACUCAUGACGUUCGGAGCUAAAAAAAACUACACUGACGCUCCAGAAAACGCAUCAUUAGCUAAACUAUGUGACUAUGAUAUGAAGUGAAUAGCUGAGAGAUGUGACGCUGUACACUAGGACAUAAUCAAUUGUAUGAGAACAUUUCAAUCUAAUACCACGUAAUAAUGGAAAAAAGCUAAUAGGCAAAUUUACCGAAGAUCAUUCUCUAAAAACAACACAUUGUGAUUUAUAAAGGUCAGAUAAAUAUCAACCAUGAAGUUAGCACAUGAGCCCAUUUAUAUUUUGUGUCAACAAAUUAUUUUAUAUCUCGGAUUGUUGGACAAUACAUUUAUUUAUUUUUUAACUGUAACAUGCUCAUUGGCUGCAAUCUUAUCAUAUUUGGGCCGUCAUUUACAUCACUGAAGUACUUUUUUUUGCCACUGAUAGGCUCUGAUUGUUUUUUUUAAGUGUGUGACGUAAUGGAAAGAAUCUCACUAACGGAGAAGUCUCGUUCUGACAUCUGGAGCAGUGACGUGUUACGGGAAGAGAAACUUGAAAACGCAACUGCCAGCCGGGCAGAGUUUCUUGAGUUCAGAAAGGGUAGCUUAGUGAAAUUGAAAAAAAUGUCAAUGUCAUGGCUGGAUAUUCAGAUGAUUUUGUUAAUGUGGAGGAGGUAUUUGAAGUCGAUGCCCACGUGUAUGUAUUGGAGAGUGAAUGAAGAGAGAGAGAGGGGCAACAGGCAGAGGAGGAUGAACCAGCUGUUGCAAAGCUGCGAAUCUAUAGAGACUGGUGUUGCCCGAUAUUCAGAUUUCAGAACGAGACUUCUCCUUGAGUUGGACUUGGAACCGAUAACAAACAGACAGGAGUUAGCCUUUAAUGCAGCGCAUAUGAACAAAACUAUUAGAUAUUUAAUGAUAACACACAUACUUCUUGGACUUGUACACAUAUGAGACUUAAAAUACAAAUAUCAGAGAGGCUUUGGAGUGCUUCAAUCACCACAGUCUUAAAGGGAAGCUGUUAGGUUAGCUGUAGUUUCAUCCCACCAGCUAACUUGUGUCUAAUAUUUACAUUUUAACUCUAGUUCCGUGACCGACUAGUGAGAUAAAUAUCUGGGUCUUUAGCUUGGUAAAUACAAAAAUUUCUUCACUAGUAAUUAAUUAACUUUUUGUGGUUUUGUGCAGGGUAGUAGUGGUGCUUGGGUUAUUUGGGCUUGUUGACUAAAUAGUUAAUACAAUUUGAUGUAAAUGGCUGCCCACAGUCUUAUUAUUUUUGGGGUCAAAGGGAGCAUUGCGACACAAUAAUUGAAUAAAUGAUCAGGCAGAACCAAAACCAUGAGUUAAAACUGUGUAAAGCUGCAAAGUUGGGUGUCAAUUGAAUUUUCCACAGUACAAUCUGUAAUUUGAUUGUUGAUAUCAAUAAUAUCACUUAAUGCAGGUUUUAAAUAGUCGAGUUGCCAAACUAAUGCGUCGGUCCAACUUCAGUAUACACUUGUGAAUGUUUUGUAGUUCAAUAUUUAAGAUAAGACCAGCAGUAAAGUAAAGUGGGGGGUGGUGAAACGUGUUUUGUGUAAAUGUGUGAAAUGUGCUUAUAUUUUGGUAAUGCAUGUAGCCUGGUCUGUACACCUGAGGUUGGAUCUGGCUCUGCACUGUUUGUUGAUGGUCAGUGCUUGCUGGCCCACGUCCUUCUCUGGGCUGUUGAUAGUUUCUCAGAGUCUGCUUUAACUGUGAAAAUCUCUCCCCACUCUUUCCCUUAAUGCAAAUGUCACCGUGUUGGAAAUGACUACAGAGUCUUCUGCUCUGCCACUUUCACUAAAAGCACACUGAGUAUUCUUCAAGUAGUUUGCAUCUACGCCAUAUAUGUAAGUUGUGGAGUGACUUGCACAGGAUGUGGAAUAGGAAACAAUAGAAACACAAGCUUUGGGGAAAUGUUGCAUCAGAGGGGAGAGAUUCUAUAUUCAACACUAUGGACAGAGUUCACGUUUAGCAUGUAUGUACCUGUAUAUAAAUAUGUAUAGUCUUUACGUGUGAAAGUAAUUGACAGUGAGAUUGUUUUUUACUGUAUAGGAAUGCAGUAAAUGCAUUGCCACGAGUAUAACUAUUGUACAGUAGGAUGUGGUUAAAUGAAGGCACUUUGUGUUUAAGCUUAAACUGGGCUGUUUGAUGAAAACUAGGACAGUCUGGUUUGACGUCGUCAGCCAUUACGAUGUCACUGUAAACUAAAUGUGCUCCUGCUCUAUAUGCAACUUUGCUGCAUACACUCUAAAAACCAAAAAUAUCUGUCUAAUGAUCACGGAUACUGAUAAGUGUCACAUUUCCUGUUCACACCUCACAGACUUAGAGCACUGAUUAUAAUACUUUUUUGCGAGUUGACCUGUGAACCUCAGCGAUAUGACCUUUAACUGAGUUGUGCUGGUGGGGGGAGCCAUUUUGGUGAGGUCAGCUGUUGUGCUGUUACUUGCAGAGCUCUUCUUUUUUUUUUUUACAAUGCCUUAUUAAACAAACAAAAUGUUAUAUAGCAACAAAUGCAAGAUAACUUGUUAUAAAUCCUUUAUGUGCAGAAGCUUGAAUUAAUUUGUAAUAAAAAAGUGCUAC